AUGUUCUCUUCUCGUCUCUACUGCCUUCUUCUUCUGGCUGUCACUGUUGUGGCCAGCCCCGUGGUUGAGCCCCGAGCGGAUGCGACGGUCAACCUGCCUCUGACCCUUCAGCGCAAUGUCACUGGUGGUCAGGAAAUGGUUUCGGCUGGCAGACAGCGUGCUCAAGCGCUGAGAGCUUAUGGAAACGGUCAAAGGCACCAUCCCGCCGACGAGCCCGUCUUCAACCAAAAUGUUGUCUACACCGCCCCUGUCGGGGUAGGCUCCGCUGGGGAGACUUGCAAGUACAAUAAUCUCAUCGUCGACACCGGGAGCUCGAACACCUGGGUUGGCGCUGCGAAAUCUUACGAGCCGAGCGACACCUCCCAGGACACGGAUGAGCCGGUCGAGGUUACGUAUGGCUCUGGUUUCUUUCUGGGUACGGAGUGGAUCGACAGAGUGUCGCUCUCGAGGGAGCUUGUUGUCCAUAGACAAUCCAUUGGCGUCGCCAGAUAUUCCCGAGGAAUAGGGCCCAAAUUUGACGGUAUCCUUGGUCUUGGGCCGACGGAUCUGACCGCAGGAUCACUCGUUUUCAGCCCGGGGGAGGAGAUCCCUACUGUGACGGACAAUCUGUAUACACAGGGAAAUAUUCAGCAACCGGCUCUGGGUGUCUAUUUUGCGCCCGCUGCCUCUCAGUCUCCUGGAGGGGUUCUGACAUUUGGCAGUGCUGACGACACAUUCCCGAAGACGACGACCUCGCCCGCGAGCGCGUACUGGGGCUACGAUCAAUCUAUCACCUACAAUGGCACAACUAUCCUCUCACAAGCAUCCGGGAUUGCGGACACCGGUACCACCCUCAUCUACCUGCCCACGGAUGCGUACAACAUGUAUGUAGCGCAAACUGGAGCAGUGCCCGAUAGAAACACGGGUCUGCUUUCGGUUACGGAGAAGCAGUUCAAACAGAUGAAAAGCCUGGUCUUCAACGUCAACGGGGUGGACUACGAGCUUGUUCCCGACGCGCAGCUGUGGCCGCGGUCCCGCAAUGCAGAUAUUGGAGGCACGCCCAAAGGGUACUAUCUCGUAGUGGCGAGCAUGGGCAGCCCGGAGGGGCAAGGCCUCGACUUCAUCAACGGCUACGCGUUCCUCGAGCGGUUCUACUCGUAUUACGACACCGCAAACGCGGAGAUGGGAUUCGCUACGACCAAGUACACGAACGCGACGGUCAAUAGCCAGACCCAGUAG